AUGCUCAACAAUAAAGUUAAUUCCUCUUUACCCUCUUCAAACACCAGUGGCAUCAAAAAAAAGGAAAAAUCUUCCCACAAUAUGAUUGAAAAAAGAUAUAGAACAAACAUCAAUGAUAAAAUUAGAAAUCUCAGAGACUCUGUUCCUUCCUUACGUUGUUUAAUUGAUGAUAAUUUCGAUGACUCCAAUUUAGAUCUAUCUAAUGAUUUAAAUAUCAAGCUAGAUGGCUUACAACCAGCCAAAAAAUUAAAUAAAGCUACAAUCCUAUCAAAAGCAACCGAAUACAUCAAACACUUGGAAUUCAAAAAUAAAAAUUUAGUCAAAGAAAAUAAUCAUCUA